ACCCUAGAGGCGGCUGCGCGGCACGCGUCUCGGGUUCGGUGAUGGAGGUGGAAGGCGGCGGCGGCGGCGGCCGGGAGGUGGUGGAGCUUGAGGACGCGGUGAAGCUGCUGGUGGAGCACCUCGUGAAGCCGGUGCUGCCGCACGGCACGCUCCGGCGGGAGGAGGCCCUGAAGCCGGAGAACCAGGACGCCGUGGCGCGUCAGAUCCACGCAACGGUUCUCCUGUACAACUAUUACCACCGGAAGCAGUUCCCACAGCUUGCAUUCGCCGAUCCCGAGCGAUUCUGCGUGAAUGCCUCCCUCACUGCCGGGGAAGCUCUGCUCGUGUACCUGCAACAGGUCCAUGAGCACCACGACAACGGCACAGGGGGUUGGCUCUCGGUCACUGACAAGGCAGUUGUCGACGCCUGCAAUAUUGCCGAGGUGCUUGAUGCCACGAAGGACUCCCCCGAGAUGAUCAUGUGGCCCAUCUCCAAGGUCGCUGUUCUGCUUCUCAAUAGGACAAAGAAGAUGUGUUUGGUCGAGCAUGGAUCUCAAACCAAGGGCGUCUUGUCGAUCUUGGAGAAAGAUAUCACGAUGGCAUUGGGUGGAUCGCGUAGCAGUGAUGUGUCAGUGCAGGAAUCGAGCAAUAAGUCCGUAGCACUUCCUUCUGAACCAUACGUGCUUCAGCAGAUUGCAUAUUCAGAGGCGGAGCUCAAAACAGGUAUCAAGCGUGCAAACUUGCGUUUUCUCGAAGAACAUCGGGUGUACUCAUUGAGUAAAAAAGGGACAGCUACGAUGAUGUUUGUUCUGCAGUAUGAGCAAAAUAUCAAUAACAAGCUUAAGGAAAUGCCUUUGGAAGUUCUGGCCUACAGGAUGAGUGGUUCUAUAUUUAGUAGUGAUCCGUGUCUUGCAACGACAUCUGUUGUUGAGUGCUAUCAUUUACUGCCAUACAAGGAGGUUCUGUUAAACAUCCUGAACAGGUCAUGGCCUUUGAAUUCUUCACUGAGUGCUCCAAAGGAACGAUUAUUUCAAAAUGGAAACCCUUCAUCCCACUCUGAAAUAGAUGAAAGUUUGAAGGAACAAGAAGCUAAUAGCAAGUCCAAACUGAAAAAAAUAAACACAAACGUUUCAACUCCAAAGAAAAAUAAACAGGUAGUAAAAGCAGUUAGUGAUAGUGGCACCAACAAAUGCACCAUCAGCAAAAACAAAAAAAACAGCAACACAAACAGCAAAAGAAAAUCCGAAACGUUCAAGGCUACACUCCCUACCUACCCGGAGCAUGGGGAUGGCAAGAGCCCUGCAAAAGAAACUGACUCACUUGCUGCUCCAGAUGUGGAAAGUUUAAAAUUCGUGAGCGCAAAACCCGCAAAAGCAACAAAUGGAGGUUCUGUAGACUUACAAGCCAGAGUCCAAAUGGACAAGGACAGAAGAGAGAAGCACUCGGAGAGUAGAAAUACAACCCAAGAUAUCAUUCUGGCACCAUAUGUUGAUCCUGUAAUUAACAAUCAUGCUUUGGAAAGCCAAAAGGAGAAAGUCACAGUAAAGUCUGGUGGCAUCACAGAUAACAUGAAUGUUCAGAAGUAUGCGACACUGCAGUUACUUCAGAAGAUGCGGGAUGAUACUCUCCGUGAGCAUUGCAUGCUUGGAGAUCAAAGUGCUCAGUAUGAAAUGGAAAUUCAAACAAUCUUGUCAGAAGGGGAUAUGACACCUAAAGUGACGUCAAUCGUGAAGAAAUAUGAGAACAACUGGAACAUGAUAGAUGAUGCCAAUCCAACCUGCUCUGGAAAAGGAUGCCAGAACAUGAACUUAAAGAGGAAGAAACUGAAAGAGGCCAUUCUUCUACGCAACAAAUGCCAGGAACUGGAUGACAUAUGCCGUGAGAGCAAUUGGAUUCUUCCAAGAUACAAAGUACUUCCUUCAGUUACAGGCGAUAUGUACCAGGCCAGUGUCUACCUUAUGGGCCCAGAUUUCAACUUGAGUGCGGAUGGUGAUAGGAAGAUCACCCCUCAUGAGGCGCGUGACUCUGCAGCUUCCAACAUGCUGCACCAGCUUCAGCAGAAGGCAAAGGAAAAUUAGAAGAGCAGCAGGUCUUCACAGCAUCCCUUGAUGAUGCAGCGUUAUCUGGCUGCGACUUUUGAAAUAAGGAAGCGAGCAGGCGGCUGGAAAAAAACGACCAUCACAAGCUCAGAAUUUGAAACACCCUGGGGGAAGCAUCGUCCAGUUACGUUGUUUUGCUGUUGUAACCUCCAGUGGUUGCUGGGUCACGCACCGUGGUUAUUCUAAAUUUAUGGAUACUAUUACUAGUUGCAGCGCAUUAUAUUUGUGAACUUAGCAUAGUUUGGGUUAUUAGAUGGUUCAGUCUGCGGUCAUGUAGCUUCGAUACUGAAGCUGUGUUUUUUUGCUCGCCGUCCUUGGUUUCACUUGUUAGCUUGG